AUGAAGUGGGAGAUAUUUUUCCCCAAAGAUCUUACCACUUGCGUCUUGACUCUUGACCAAAGAGCACAUAGCUACAGAGGAAACAGAGAACACGAGGUGAAUAUCUGUUUCACAGCCCUUAGAGCAGAGGAACUGGGCAGUUCCUCUGAACAAACCAAACAGCACAGUGAAGUGGAAGAGGAGCAUGUCUAUACCACGUUAAAGGAAAAUGAGACAGAGAGGAUGUGGGUAAUCGACAGCAGAAACUGGAGCAGGCAAAUGAUUGUUACCCCUGCUGGUGUCACUGUAAACAGCAGCUCUGCCUCUGAAGAAAGACUGCCAAAGGCAACUGUCACCAUCAGCUCCGUGAAUGGGACCUGCAAUGUCACUUUGUACUGCUCCAAUACAGGAGGAGGGGAGAAUGUGACUUAUGCCUGGUCGUUCUCCCAUGAGAGUGUGGUACUUUCUGAGGAGCAAAUUCUACAUAUCACCCAAAAGCCUGAAAAUAGUUCUUUGAACUACACCUGCACAAUACGGAACAUGGAAAGUGAAAACUCUGGCACCGUUUCCCUGAUUGGUCACUGCCAUGAUGCUCCUCUUCUAAGUCAACAGUUCUCGGUAUCCAUUUAUGCCAAAUAUUGGGUCCCACCAUUAGUUGUUCUUGUGCUUUUGCUCAUCCUGUUCCUCAUGUACAGGCGAAAGAGAGGAAGAGAGAGCCUCAGCAGGACAGUAUCCAUCAAUGAAUCUUCAGACUCAGAUGCUGAGGACUACCCUGAUAUGGAACAGACAGCACAAAUGGACCCUCUACCCCAGGCCUGGAAACAGAUUCCUGAGGACAGCCCGCAAAAAACAGGAGCACCAGCUGAAGAGAACGAUGAAGAGACAUUGGGUACCCAGGAUCAGCCCCUGAACCAAGAAUGAUUUUUGUUUUAAUCCCUUGUUUCAUACCUUUGCUGAAAGAAUCUGUUGUACCAGGGGU